GCAAGAUUCUAAAGGCUUUAACACAAUAGGUACAGGCAACAAAUAACGAACCGUCCAAUCAGAGCUCUGGUGUAAAUUCGAUAUUAUAUCCCAGAGCUUUGAUUAGAUGGCUCGUUAUUUCCUGUUGCCUGUGCCUAAUGCCUGUGCCUAUUGUGUUUAAACCUUAAUCCGGCUAGCAAUCCAACAGGAAAAUAAGUAUCGUGUGUCACUGGCUUUAUGGAAAUGUGUUACAAAUUAAAGAAAAAGAAGACUUUUCGUACUAAAAAAGCAUAAUUGAUGAACUGAAACAUAAUUUGUAGUGAGCAAAUAAAACAAGAAGAUGUACGUGAAAUAUUUUAUCUUUGCUGUGUUUGCCUGUAUAUUGAUACUUGCUAGAGCUUGUUAUUUGAUAUUUAUGAAAAACACUAAACCUAAAGAAAAGUCUUGUUCAAUUAAAACAAUGAUAAUAUUAGGAUCUGGUGGACACACAGCCGAAAUGUUGCGAAUUGUUAAAUAUUUAAACAUUAAGAAUUAUUCGCCUAGAGUAUAUAUUCAUGCUCAGACAGAUAAACUUAGUGCAGAAAAAGUUAGAGAUCUAGAAAAUGGCAAUACAGAUUACAAAAUUGUAGAAAUUUAUAGAAGUCGUGAAGUUCGGCAGUCAUACUUCACAUCAAUUUGGACCACUAUAUUUGCCACACUAAGUUGUCUUCCAAUUUUAUGGAGAGAAAAUCCGGAGCUUAUUUUAUGCAAUGGUCCUGGCACCUGUAUACCUUUAUGUGUCAUAGCAUUUUUAUUUAAAAUUCUGUUUAUUACAGAAAAUGUUAUUAUAUUUAUAGAGAGUUUUUGUAGAGUUAAAACUUUCUCAUUAACGGGAAAGAUUUUGUAUUAUUUAGCUGAUCAUGUUAUCGUGCGAUGGACAUACUUAAGUAAACCUGUAUAUGGCAGAAGUAUUUUUUUAUAAGUA